AUGGGCGGCACAGCUUGGGCAGGUACGGAGCCCGGAGCCCGAGUGGGUAGAGAGCACAGAAGCAACAGGCGAGGGCCAGGUGAGCCCAGCCCAGGUCAGGAGCUGUGUGCAUUUCCUCCUGUUCGGCUGGACGUGGACGGGCCGGAGGGCCCAGUGUGGACAUGCAGGCGGGCCGCCCUGCCUGCCGAUAGAGAAUGCGGUAGCGGGGCGGGGAUCCGUCCCAAGGGGCUGCGGAGGCUGUGUCCGAGCGUGGACGAGACUCAGAGCAGCUCCCCGUCCGUAGUCCCCUUUAAAUGCAUCCGAAAUGGAUACUUUGCAGAAAAUACUAAACAGUGUGCAUUCAGGAUAUCUGAACAAGCCAGGCAGCUCAGCGGCUGUUCUCCGCGAUACGUCUCCUUGAAGGAAGGCCGGCGGGCAGUGGAGGGGGCAGCUUUUGGAGGCUGGGUGGCCUUUGAAGGGACAGUGGGGAUGAUGGCCGGUGCGACACGCCCUCCAGGCCCUGGAAGGUGGCGUGUGUGCGGCUUGGGAGCGUCCAUCCAGAGGCUGGCGUGCGCGUCCCCCGCCGCCGCUGCCCCGGGGGCCUCCCUGCUCUGCUCUUGGAUGCCCGCUUUACCCGCCCCCUCCCUCCCCACGCUGAGCAGCCUGCUGUCCCCAGACGGGACCGCACAGUGCCACGGAUCCGGGGGUGCCGCCUGA